AUGAUUAAGUAUCUUUCAAUUAGCCCGGAACGCUUACGAGAGCUUCAGGAAAAAACACGAGAUGAUGUAACCCUCCAAGACCUAAAAAGAAACAUUGAAAGUGGAUGGCCCAACCAGAGGAACAGAGUGCUACCGAGAACAAGAGCUUACUAUAACUUUCGUGACGAAUUAUCAGUGCAAGAUGGCCUAGUCUUCAAAGGUGAGAGAGUUGUCGUAACAGCAUCGAUGAGAAGUCAAAUGCUAGAUAAGAUACAUUCGAGUCACAUUGGUACUGAAGGAUGCCUUCAACGUGCUCGUGAAGUAGUUUUUUGGCCCGGAAUGAACGCGGCAAUCAAAGAACAUGUGUCUGGCUGCGAUACCUGUAAUGCCUACCGAAAAGAACAACCCAAAAGAGCCUCUUAUAUCACAACCGGUACCGGAUAGACUAUGGAUAAGAGUGGCUGUUGACCUUUUCACGCUAGAAAGAAAAGAUUAUAUCAUAAUGGUUGAUGAUUAUUCAAAUUACUUCAAAUUUAAUGUCCUAAAUGAAACGACGGCUGCAGCAAUCAUCACGGGUAAAACUCACAGUUCGCAAGACAUGGUAUACCUGAAGAAGUGAGAAGUGACAACGAACCCCAGUUUGCCUCGACAAGUUUUGAGAACUUUGCUAGAGAAUGGGAGUUCAAGCAUAUUACCUCAUCCCCGUAUUAUGCACAAUCCAAUGGAAAGGUUGAGAACUCAGUAAAAACGGCAAAAAAGAUCUUGAAGAAAGCUCAAGCUGACAAACGAGAUCCCUACCUAGCGUUACUAGCUUGGCGAAACACGCCGACCGAAGGCCUUAAUUCAUCCCCUGUGCAAAGAUUAAUGGGAAGAAGGACAAGAACCCCUCUCCCAACCUCAGCAAAUUUGUCGAAGCCGAAACUUCCCUGCAUGGUGAAGGAACAGGUAACGAACAAGCGAAGAAAGCAAGCACGAUACUAUAAUCGGGGGAGUAAACCGCUCCCGGAACUUAAACCAGGAGAUGUCGUGCGAAUACGACCAGAUCCAAAUAGUUCCGACAAGACGUGGAGAAGUGGAGUUUGCAACGAGAAAGUCGCUCCUCGAUCAUACGAAGUUAUGUCUGACGGUAAAUUGUAUAGGCGAAACAGAAGGCACUUAGCAGCAACAACAGAAAGAGUCGAAGAGAAAGAAACGCUGCCAGAUGAAACAAGUGAACUUUAUGGUGCUACAUUUCAAAAUGAACUACCAGCAGCACAAGAUAACCCACUACAAGAGGUAUCCACAGAUUCGGGUAUGCAAACAAAUCAGCCGUUGUCCAACGAAGGUAAACCAAGUAACUCAGUGGAAAGAAGAUCAUCGAGAGGGCGGUUGCUAAAAGCUCCAGACUAUUAUCGCUCAUGA